UGACCUUGUAUCAAUUGGUUGUCAAUUUGUGCCAAAAUCCCGCGAUCUAACAGCUUAUCUGUCGGUUAACGGGUAAUAAGUAGCGCAGCAGCAACAUUUUCAGACGUUUUCUUUUCCUCCCCACCCCCAAUCCCUUGGUUUUGUUUCCGUCGGCGCAGCUUUUGAGAUUCCUAAUCACGGAACAUGGUCGAACUUCGGAAGCGCAAAGCACCAGCACAACCCCUUGUGACAGAGAGGAAGAGCAAAAAGAUACAGGCACCCGCAGCAUCUAAGAGAUCGGUGCAGAAAGACAAUGGGAAUUCUCAGACCUCUGAUGAUACCCCAAAAGUUGGCGACAAACUAAACCUGGAUCAAUUCGGUGGUGACGUCGAGACCAACGAUGGCCAGAAAACCACCCUAAAGGAUCUCGUCUAUGCCAGUAAGGCUGGUGUCGUGCUAUUCACGUACCCUCGAGCUUCAACCCCAGGCUGUACCAAGCAAGCCUGUUUGUUUCGUGACCACUAUAAUUCGCUUUCAGAAAGCGGUUUAGCCAUUUAUGGCCUUUCAACGGACUCGCCCAGAGCAAAUACCACGUUCAAGACCAAACAGGGGCUACCAUAUCCCCUCCUCUGCAACCCCUCGUCUUCAUUGAUAGCAGCCAUUGGACUCAAAAAGUUGCCAAAAGGCACAAUCAGAGGAGUCUUUGUUCUUGAUAAGCAGGGCAAGGUCUUGGUAUUACAGGCUGGGGGCCCUGAUGCCACAGUUGAUGCUGUACAAAAGCUGGUUGCAGAGUUGAAGGAACAGGGGCCAGAUGCUGCGACUGUGCGCGUGAACUCACCAGCCAAAGAUCAAGACAAAUAGUGAUCAAGUCACCGGCCAUCAACUUGGUAAAUGGGAUUGUUCACUUCGGGUCGCUGGCUUCUGCUUGACUAGCCACAGGUUGAUCAUCAGGUUUCGAUCGUCCCGAGUCUUGUCAAAUGGCCACAGUCUAUAUCUAGUUUCGGUACUAUGUGCAACUAAUCUGAUUAAUAUAUCUUGUAAACUUG